AUGUUUAAAACUGGUGUCUGUGUGUUAUUUAUUUCUAUAUUUUCCAUUCAACUGAUAUACACACAUCACACAAUUGGGUACACAUUAGAACCAUCCCUCGAGAUGUUUGGGUUGCUUGUGUCGAUUCUCCUCCUUCUCUUACGCCUUUUCUUUUUAUUAAUACCACCAAUCAGCAUUACUGAAUACGCGAAGUUGUCGAGCUCUUUUAGUACUAUAAUAUGGGAUGUGUAUUUAAUCACUCAAAUAUCCAACACUUCAUUAAGAGUAAAUAUACUCACCGUGCUUGUCAUCUCGUUUGUACGAGUACUGGACAUUAUUAUCACAAUCAAGUUACGCAAUUCCGUCAGAACAAAACUACCGAUUCGUCAUAGGGUUCGCUUAUUUUACUUAGUACUUUUACUCGACAUUUGUAUUGUCUCUCUCCUCUACUCGUCAUCCCACGUGGUCUCUGGUCUUGCAAAUGCUCUUUGGUUCUCUUUAUUAGAAUCCGCUGUACACACAAGUUUUGCUCUUCCACUACUUUUUCAAUCAUUUUUCAUCCCACAGAGUAAAGAACUCCACUUACUGGCUAUUCACGAAGUAUGCUCAAAUACUCUUUUAAUGGCUGUUCACGUAUUACGGUGUUAUUUCUUUUUCAUCCGAAAGGACAUCUUCCUCAUCCACUCGAUUCCGCCGUGUUUCUUAACUUUCAUCAAAUUCAUUCAAUCGUUAACAGCUCUUCCCGCUAUUUGGAGAGUCUCGAGCUUAAGGGAAACAAAACUCGCUGAACCAGAAAUCUGCGUGAUAUGCCAGACACAAACACAAGACGCAGUUGUCUUGUCGUGUAACCACAAAUUCCAUAAAAAUUGUAUCACUGACUGGUUUGUGAGGUCGGAUAGAUGCCCGAUUUGCCAAAAACCUAUAAAAGUUGUGCAGAGUGUCAGCGAAGAUGAGAUGAUACAAAAUUGGAUUGUGAGGGAGGUGUGA